AUGUCUGGUUUUGACGCCAUGCUUGAUCCAUGGGCAGGCCAUGGCGGAACUCAUACACGUAGCCCGAGUUCUCAUGAUUCAGUGUCGCUAACUUCUCCGGCCGCUCUUGCCGAGCUCAAUGAAGAAGAAGAAGAACAAAAUAGCAAACCUACCACGACCCCCACGCCGCCAAACAACUCUUCUUCCUCUCUAGGAACCGAUGGAGCCAUGGCCCGCGCAAAGGCCUCUUAUGGUUCUACUACCGUUGAUGACGAAAGUGUACUUGACGAUGACUCGUUAGAUGCUACUGCAAAAGCUACAAAACUUCAACAAAUGCUUUUCGCGGUCGCAAUCUCCGGCGACUUUGCGGCUGCACGGCAACUCCUUGGUGGACCUGCGGCCGCAUAUCUCGACAUGAAUGCCCGUGACCCUCAAACUGGAGCCACAGCUUUGAUAUAUGCCAGUGCCUUUGGUCAUUCUGACAUUGUACUGGAACUGCUGCGCUAUGGCACACUACCUGAUAUUCAGGAUAAGGCCGAGUAUACGGCACUAAUGUGGGCCAUGACCAACCAGCACGAAAUGACGGUCCGAAAUUUACUCGAAAAUGGUGCUCGCAUCGAUAUAAAAACCUCUGCAGGUCGCUCAGCUUUGGAUCUUGUUAGUACAAACUCUAGCUUACAUCAGUAUUUGGAAGAUCAUGGGUACAUUGAAACAGAGCCCAAGGACUUUUACGAUAAUGGCCGUCACCACGACGAUAUGCUAGAGUCGGCAGCUUAUAACUUAGACGUUGAUUUAGACCAUUUGGGAUUGGACGACCAUAUUUCAGAAGAAGAUGCAGAUGACUUUCAGUGGGAACGAUGCCGCCCAGACCAAAUGCUAGUUUUCCGCGAAGAUGAUAUUCCUACAAUUUUAGACGCAGGCAUCACAAACAUGCAACCCAAAAGAUCCAAGGGCCAAAAACCCAUUCCAGCAAACUUGCUCUUUUUAUGUUGCCGCUACGCUCACUACUAUGGAACUCCAGAGAUUCUGGCCAACUUGUUAAUUCCAGCGUUUCAACGGAUCAGAGCCCAAGUUAUGGGUAAGACAGAGGACAUUGCAUACCUGUCCUUUUGGCUCUCUAAUUCCACGCUACUGUUAUACUACCUGCGCAAGGACCCUGGGUUGCUAGAAUCUACCCCUGACUACCAAAGCACCCUUGCUGAACUCAUUGCCGACAUUACAGUUUUAAUUUCACAAGAUGUAGAGCGCCGGCUGGAUCUUGUACUAGAUGCCUCAGUAUUGGAUUAUGAAACCUUGCCUGGACUUGACGAUAUUCGAUACCAGUCUGAAUGGCGGUUUUUCCGACACCAUCGAAAGUCCAAGUCACAUAAGGAGGAGAUGGAAGAAGGAUACCGCCCACCGUCACCCAAAUCCCUUAUGCGUCCAUCUCCACGCAACGUCACGUCGAUUCUCGGGUCGGUAUUGUUUGUUACGGACUUGUACGAUAUUCAUCCAAUCAUUGCCCAAGAGCUCAUGUCACAACUAUUUUACUGGCUAGGUGCAGUGCUUUUCAACAGACUGUUAGCCCACCGCAAGUACCUUGCACGGUCGCGUGCCAUGCAAAUCCGACUCAAUGUGUCUGCGCUGGAAGACUGGGCACGUGCAAACAACCGGAGGCCUGCGGAUGUGGACGAUGAAUUCCACGAUGGGGCUGGAUCGCACUACCCGUCAUUGACAGAAUUGUGUCGGGUGCACAUGACACCACUUGUGGAGAUGCUGCAAUGGCUACAAAUUUUUACAGGUUUUGGGUCAGAUAUGACAAGUGUUGUUGCGACGCUGCAGCAACUAUCUGCAUUAACUCCUCGACAGUUGUUGCAUGUUGCCAAAAAAUAUCGUGCAGAAGUCGGCGAGCCAGGAUUGUCCAAGGAAUACAAGACAUAUUUGGGGCAGCUCAAUCUGCAUGAUCAACGGGCCAAUUCGCAUGGAGCCAAGGUGCUUUCAGCAACUAUUCAUACUGUAUGUACAGGGAAGGAAGAUGAAAAGGAAGAAGAUGAGAAAAAGGAACCUCCCCGCAAGUCGAUUGAUAAGGAAGUCCCCAAGAUUCUUCCGGGUCAUGAUAAAAAGCAUCUUUCUACAGACCCUCCACAAGAAGAAGAAAAAGAAGAAGAACAAGAUCUGCCAACAGCCUCAGAAACCGCAGUAGCACGCGCCAACUCAACCAAACCCGUGAGACCCAGCGUACGACUUGUUCCUCGAACCCAUGGAGCUAUAGAUAACAAUGACGAUGAUGAUGAUGAUGACGGGACACCUGGGACUGGAGAUUUAUAUAUGGAUGCUUCUGCCGUUCUACCAUUUGUGGUACCAACACUGCGUGAGAUGAUUGUUGCAUGGGGCCGUGGGUUAGGAGGAACUCAUGCAGUACGUGCACGUAACUAUGAGCCAACACUACCUGCAGAAUUUUUAGACAAGCUUGACUUGGGUGAUGGGACGACUGCAGGGCUUGGACUAGAAGAUGUUGGAGGGUCGAGUGUGGUGAAGCAUGUAGAGACGAAGGAAAGUAGUACACUUGGGCGGGGAGGGAAUGUAAAUUCAAUUUUUGGCGGGGUUGCAGUACCGGAACCAUCGGCUUCAAAAGAAUGGGGUGAAUUUGAUAAUGAUGGUGUAGAGAAGGACGAGUUCCGGAAUGUGUCUUCUUCAGAAUACACACCCGUGUUUGCUCCCUUUUUCGGGUUUGCCGGGUGCGCGGCGGCCAUCAUUCUCUCGUCGGCGGGUGCAGCCGUAGGCACAGCCAAGUCCGGUAUUGGUAUUUCAGGUAUCGGCACUUUUAAACCUGAACUUAUCAUGAAGUCUCUUAUCCCCGUUAUUAUGUCGGGUAUUCUCGCCGUCUAUGGACUCGUCGUCGCUGUUCUCAUUGCAGGAGACCUCAACCCCACGGAAACUUACUCGCUAUUCAAUGGCUUCAUGCAUUUGGCCUGUGGCCUUUGCGUAGGCUUUGCGGCGCUGGCCGCCGGUUAUGCCAUUGGAAUUGUGGGUGAUGAAGGUGUUCGCCAACUCAUGCUUCAACCCAGACUCUUUGUUGGUAUUGUUCUUAUUCUCAUUUUCGCUGAAGUCUUGGGUCUCUACGGAAUGAUUAUAGCCCUGAUUCUCAACACCAAGGGUUCCGGUUAA